AUGGCAGAGGCUCACGGGAGACAGUGGGAUCGCUGCCUGGCGGACACCGGUGUUAAAACAGUGAUUGGCCUUGGAGUUGGAUUUAUGUUCUCUGUCCUCUUCUUUAAGCGACGCACAUGGCCCACUGCGCUGGGUUCAGGACUGGGGCUCGGCAUGGGCUACGCCAACUGCCAGCAUGACUUCAGAGCCCUGCACCUGGUUCAAGGCGCCGCGGUUAAGGACCAGUAA